CAGGCUGACUGCAGUGAGGGAGGCGGCUCAGGGCUGAGAGAUACAGAGUAUCCGUCAGAGAGGACAAAACACAGCCCACGGAUACAUAAUUAGAAAUAUAUAUAUAUAUAUAUAUAUACAUACACACACACACACGACAGAGCCUCCGCAGGACAGACAGACAGACAGACAGACGUUUGCGGUCGUUGACACUAAGCAUUAGACGGUAUGAUGCCGUUUGGUGGCAUUGCAUCCAAAUUGAAGAUCGAACGUCUGAAGGCGUCUGGUGUUGGGUCCCAUGACUGCGCUGUAAAAUACCUUAACCAGGAUUAUGAGAGCCUGAAACAGCAGUGCUUGGAGAAUGGCACACUCUUUGAAGACCCUCACUUUCCAGCAGUCAUUUCCACCCUUGGCUUUAAGGAGCUUGGCCCCGGCUCGAGCAAAGUGCAAGGCGUGCGAUGGAAGCGACCAUCAGACAUAGCUGGAGAUCCACAGUUCAUUGUUGGUGGUGCCACCAGAACGGAUAUCUGCCAGGGGGCACUGGGUGAUUGUUGGCUCCUGGCAGCCAUUGCUUCACUGACUCUGAAUGAGGAGCUGUUACACAGGGUGGUACCCCACGGACAGAGCUUCCAGGACAACUAUGCAGGCAUCUUCCAUUUCCAGAUCUGGCAGUUUGGGGAGUGGGUCGAUGUGGUAGUUGAUGACCGGUUGCCAGUAAAGGAUGGCGAGUUGGUCUUUGUUCACUCCGCUGAGUGUACGGAGUUCUGGAGUGCCCUACUGGAGAAGGCAUAUGCCAAGCUAAAUGGGUCCUACGAAGCCCUGUCUGGGGGGAGCACUACUGAAGGAUUUGAGGACUUCACUGGAGGGGUGUCCGAAAUGUAUGAUUUAAAGAAAGCCCCUCGGGACCUUGACAAAAUCAUCCGAAGAGCACUGGACAGAGGAUCCCUGAUGGGCUGCUCUAUAGAUAUAACGAGCGCCUUCGACAUGGAAGCGGUGACCUUCAAGAAGCUGGUGAAGGGUCAUGCGUACUCUGUUACAGGUCUCAAGGAGGUAAAUUACAGGGGCCAGGUGGAGAAACUCAUCCGAAUCAGAAAUCCCUGGGGACAAGUGGAAUGGACCGGAGCCUGGAGCGAUAAUUCCUCUGAGUGGAACGAGGUGGACCCUUCAGAGUCUGAAGAUCUGCGCCUGAAGAUGGAGGAUGGAGAGUUCUGGAUGUCUUUCCAAGAAUUCCUGCGCCAGUUCUCCCGGCUGGAGAUCUGUAAUCUCACGCCAGAUGCUCUCAGCAAAGAUGGACUCAGCAAGUGGCACACAACGCUGUACGAUGGAAGCUGGCGCCGAGGCAGCACGGCUGGAGGGUGCAGAAAUAAUGCAGCCACCUUCUGGAUCAACCCUCAGUUUAAGAUCACGUUACAGGAGGAAGACGACGAUCCUGAUGACAAUGAGCUGGCCUGCAGCUUCCUUGUGGCCCUCAUGCAGAAGAACCGGAGGAGGGAACGCAAAGUGGGGGGUGACAUGCACACGAUCGGCUUUGCUGUGUAUGAGGUCCCCGAUGAGUUUAAAGGCUGCCAGAAUGUUCACCUGAAGAAGGAUUUCUUCCUACGACACCAGUCUUGCGCCCGCUCUGAAACCUUCAUCAACCUGCGCGAGGUGAGCAACCACAUCCGUCUGCCCCCUGGAGAAUACCUCAUCGUCCCGUCCACGUUCGAAGCCCACAAGGAAGGGGACUUUGUGCUGCGAGUCUUCACAGAGAAGCAAUCAGACGUGGAGGAGCUCGAUGAAGAGGUGUCUGCAGACCUGGCGGAUGAGGAGCAGCUGACGGAAGAUGACGUUGAAGACUCCUUUAAGAACAUGUUCCGGCAGUUGGCAGGAGAUGAUAUGGAGAUCAGUGUCUUCGAACUGAAGACCAUCCUCAACAGAGUGGUGAGCAGACAUAAAGAUCUGAAAACAGAUGGUUUCAGCAUGGAGUCAUGCCGCCAAAUGGUCAACUUAAUGGAUAAAGAUGGCAGUGGCAAACUAGGAGUUGUGGAGUUUCAGAUCCUGUGGAAUAAAAUCCGCAGCUGGCUGACAAUCUUCCGGCAACAAGACAUGGAUAAAUCCGGGACAAUGAGUUCAUACGAGCUGCGUCUCGCUCUGGAAAGUGCAGGAUUCAAGCUAAACAAUAAGUUGAUGCAGGUUCUGGUGGCUCGAUACGCCGAUAAUGAUUUGGGAGUCGAUUUCGAUAACUUUGUUUGCUGUUUGGUGAAACUUGAAGCAAUGUUCAGAUUCUUUAAGGCUAUGGAUGAGGAAGGGAGCGGCACAGCAGCAAUGAAUCUUGGAGAGUGGUUGACGAUGACAAUGUGUGGAUAAUAUGAUGACGUGCGGACUGUGGCAUUUUGUGGGUUUGCUGCCAAACACUCCUCCCUGCCCCACGCCUGCUGUCAUUCACUUCAUUAUCUAGGGUUUUAAUCACUAGGACAGAACGCAAUGUCUCAUCACAAUCAUUUCCCACAAUCUUCUGCACCCAAUAAAGUCCUACACAGCCAUGUUGCUGCAGUCCUUUAACCAGGCUGAGAGACCUUGGGUUCUCCGUGGCCCAUGUAGAUCUCAGUGUGGCCAAUCUGACACUCCUCGCAUUGUGGGGUCCAGCAGGAUUCCAACUAUUGUCUCCUCUCCUGGAUCACAGGGCUUCUCUCUGUAGAACAUUUAUCACCAGAGUGACUUCUUAUAAGAACUUUAUGCUCCAAUGUAUCAUCAGGGAUAAAUACACAAGUAGAACCUCCAGGAAUCCAACGCCAGGUCCCUUCUAUCACACAUAAAGACUGGUUUUCCAUAAUGUACCUUCAUAAUGCACAUUUAAAGUCUGGGG